CAAGAUGUCGAGACGACGUGGUACUAGCCGGCGGAAACCCCGGCGGUCCCGAGCGGCCACCUUCCCUGCAUCUGACGGCGACGAUAACCGGCAAGACGGACGUCUGUGGUGGUUUGAAGCAGCUGUGAUUACGGUGCUACUGCUUGCGGCUGUUACGGCACCGAUUGUUGCCGUGACCCUGACUCCCCACACUAGUGCUGACUCGGAGGCGGCUGUGGACGUGACGUACUCCGUACAUGCCGGAGAGCCCACUCCAAUCCACCUGAAGCCCGCAUUCGAAGACGGCACUCAUGGUGUUCACAGCGUACCGUACGGCUCAGAGAAAACGUCGAAUGGGUCUCCUCCCAUAACCCGUCUGGAAGACCCCUUGGAGGGUGCAGUGCCGUGGCGUGUCGCCGAAAUGUUCAACAAAAUGCCAAGUUUUCAAAGUUGGAAGAAGCACCGUGACGAGCAGCGCCACCGUGCGGAUCGGAUCCACCACUACACAAGCCUGACUGCGGCCCUGGCCCUGUCAGCAUUGGAUGAGCGAGAUGAUUUCGGCUACUGGGAUUUCGGAGAUGAUUUCGGCUACUUGGAUUCCCGAGAUGAUUUCGACUACUGGGAUUUCCAAGAUGAUUUCGGCUACUCGGAUUUGUUGGUUCCUGGCAACCACUUCCAGCUUCGCCACAGCAAGAAUGACAAGGAUACGGUCCCUGCAGAUUUUGACGAUCGCCCUCUCCAAGAUGUACUCGCCAACUUGGAUUCAAAAGCCGUGCGCAACCCAUUCAAGAACGUGGGAGUUGGUCAGCUUCGUGCACAUGCCGAACGUCUUAUGAACUCGGCUGUGCCACGUUUUGAGGCCUUGAAAAGGUACUGGGAUGAGCAGAUGCUUUCCCAGAAGGAUGCUCGCCACGUCAACCACCUGCUGCACAAUGUCAAAGGACGGAAGACGUACAGGAUCGAGCGGGCAGUUCUGGAAGAUGAGGGUCGCCGCCACACUCACUCACCCAAGGCCUCACCGGAUUUCAAGGCAGAUGACUCCAAGAACUCCGACGUGACCCCCGUGAAUACUGAGAUUCUCUCAGCAACCGACGCCAUUCCUGCCUCCAAACCGAUCCAGUUGAUGUCUGAACCAGAAAUGAGUGAAAACGACUGCCUUGAUGACACAGACAAGGAUGAUGAGAACUUCGCAGACUGGAACCAUUCCCUCAACUCUACAAUGUCCGGGAAAAUGAAGGACCAGGACGAGACUCAGCUACUCCUGCAGAGCAAAACCGCCCUAACGGUCGUGGUUGGUACAUUGGUAGUGACCUCAGUUAUCUAUGAGUAUGGCUGCACGGCCUGA